AUGUCUUCUUAUCUCAUCUCGGGUGCCUCACGCGGCUUAGGCCUCGAGCUAGUCCGUCAGCUCUCUCUCCUCCCGUCCUCACAAGUCUCUUCAGUCUUCGCCAUAACACGAGGCCCAUCUGACCAGCUCAACAAGCUUAUCUCAUCUCAAUCUGACUCUUCUCGAAUCACAAAUGUUGUUAUACAGGACCUGACUUCUGCACAAGAUGUUGCGGCUGGAGUUUCGGAAGUUGAGAAGCACCUUGCGGGAAAAGGGCUAGAUGUUGUUGUGAACAAUGCGGGUGCAAUGACGUUCACUAACGGUAAAGUCUGGGAUAUGCCAGGGGAGGAUCUGGCAGAGAUCUUUCGGACCAACGUUGUUACCGCUCAGGUCCUUACUGCAGGUUGCGUUGAUUUGCUGAAACGAGGGAUCGCAAAGAAGAUCGUCAACAUUUCGACUACUCUCGGCUCGAUGACGCAGGUACACAAGUAUAGCUGGGCGUCAAAUUAUUCCUAUAAGAUCAGCAAGGCGGCCAUGAACAUGCUGACUGCGCAAUACGCAAUUGGUCUUGGCCAGGAAGGCUUUACGACCAUAUCAGUCACUCCAGGGUGGCUGAAGACAGACAUGGGUAGCGCUCAAGCUGAUUUGGAUGUGGAAGUUGGUGUCGCUGCUGUUGUGGAUAUCAUCUUGAAGUCGACUGUGGAGCAGAAUGGCAAAUUCCUCAAUAUCAAGGUUGAUGGCUGGGAGAAUGCCGAAGGUCCUAACCAAUACGACGGCGCUGAGGUGCCGUGGUAG